UGCGUACAGAAUCCCCCACCCCCCGUUGUCGUCUUCUUUAAAUAGGAACCCAACACAGCAGGACUUUCCUCAACCCCAACUUUUCCCUAUCUUCCUCCUCCUCCUCCUCGUAUUCGAUUUAUUCUGAUUUCUAUAGAAAUCAUCAUGUCUCAGACUGUUGUCCUCAAGGUUGGUAUGUCAUGCCAAGGCUGUGUUGGGGCUGUGAAAAGGGUUUUAGGAAAAAUGGAAGGUGUAGAAACAUUUGACAUUGAUUUGGAGGAGCAAAAAGUGACUGUGAAAGGCAACGUGCAGCCUGAAGCAGUUCUCCAGACUGUUUCCAAGACUGGGAAGAAGACUUCUUUCUGGGAAGCCGAGGUACCAGCAGAAGCAGAAGCAGCAGCACCAGCGCCAGCACCAGCUGAGCCUGAAGCAAAGCCUGCAGAAUCUGUUUCUGUUGCUUAAUACAUUUCUGUUGAUUGCUUUAUGGGACUAAUGUGUAUUUUACGAUGGGUUGGUGACUUAUAUUAUGGGUACCCUAUAGAGUUUAGCAAGCUUGUGAGCUACAAUAAGUUCUUGACUGCUCUUGCUUUGUGAUUUCCUGUACUAUUUUAUGAAUAGAAAGUGCUACUGUACUACUUUAUAUGUGUAAAGAAAUUGUCUUCUUUUUGAAUUCUCGUCUCUAACCAAGAUGCGAUUUGGGAGAGAUAAGUAGCGGAUAAUUUUACUUCCACUUUGG